AUGUUUUCCCUUUUGGUGCAAACGAUAGUAAUUGCUUUGCUAGCUGCUCUGUCCUUCGCAGACGUGGACCCUGUCAAAGACUUAGCGACCUACAACAAUGGCUUUCUCGGCCAGUUUCCCUCUCAGACUUUCAAAUCCUCAGAUGCAGUCGCCCCUGUCUUUCAGAUCAAUACCUUUGAACCCAGUCUCAUUGAUAGUUCUGGAUUUCUCUUCCUGACAUUGAAACAUGGCGACAAAUCGGGACCUGCCAUAUUUUCAAGCAAAGACCUUAGCCUUGUGUAUGCCGACAUCAAGUAUGAACGGACUUUCGAUGCCCGAGCACAGGUGAGGUAUGGGGGCAAGUACCUCACUUUCAUUGAGGGCGGCCGCUGUCACGCUUUCGAUGCCACCUACCAAAAGAAAUGGUCAGUUUCAGUCCGGGACUUGGGGGCUGUCGAGGCCGACAUCCACGAUUUCGAAUUCACUACCCAAGGAACUGCUAUCUUGACUGCGUAUCAGGAUGUCAGAUACAACUUGACGGUUCUUGGAGGGGAUAUAGAUGGCUGGUUGAGCGACUCCAUCUUCCAAGAGGUCGAUCUUGACACGGACCGAGUUUUCAAUGUGUGGAGAUCAUUUACACAUGUCAACUUAACUGAUACGAUGGUUGAUUACGACCCAAAAACAACCUAUAUGGGUGGCCAUGGUUUCGACUGGUUUCAUAUUGACAGCGUUUUCAAGGCAAGUUACUUUUAA